AUGAAUAUAGUGACAUUCAAUGUUAGGGAGUGCGGGAAUUCAGUCAAGAAGAGUCUAAUUCGCCAAUUGUUGCAUAGAGGAAAGAUAGAGAUGUGUUUUAUACAGGAACCAAAAGUGGAGAAGAUGAACGAGGAGAUUAUUGCUAGCAUUUGGGGGCCGUCGGACUUGGAGUGGUCAGCAAAAGGUUCUGAAGGGAGGCCUGGUGGAAUUUUAAUUAUUUGGAGGAAGGUUGCAAUAACACUUAUGUUCUCUUUCAAAGGGAAAGGUUAUCUUGGUAUCAAUGCAAUAAAGAAAGGAAUGAAUUAUUUUCUUAAUGUAUAUUCACCUUGUGAUUUAUCUGCUAAAAAAGUGCUCUGGCUAGAAUUACUGAAGAUUAAAAAAAGUUUUGCUAAAGGUGGGUCUGCAAGCAGUCGGUUGGAUAGAUUUCUGAUAUCAGACAGAAUUAUACAACAAAGGAAUGUUGUUGCACAAAUUACGAGGGACAGAGACAUUUCAGAUCACAGACCUAUUUGGAUUAAAGCAAGUAAUUUAGACUGGGGUCCUAAGCCUUUCAAAGUUUUCAAUUCAUGGUUUCAGCAUAAGGAUUUCCUCAACUUUGUCAAAGCUGCAUGGGAUCUUCGAAAGAAGAAAAUGAGGAGAGACGCCAACCUUGAGGAGAGCUAUAAAACAAUAUUCUUCCAACGAAAAAAUGAAUUUUGCUUAAAGGCAUCCUACAAUGAAAAUGGUGUUGAGGUAACUAAACCAUCCUAUAAGCUAUUGUUUAAAAUUAGUGCUAAGUUGGUUGAAGAAAACAAUAAACUUAGAAACUCAACUUAG